AAAAGAAAAAAAAUCACUUCCACGCCCCCCAUCUUCUCAAAUUGAUUAAUACCACCCCAAUCAAACCUACAAUUAACUACAUUAACUCCAAACUCCCAAUUCUCCUCACUGGAAUCCCCAAAACUUACAUCAUCAAAAUGGAGAACCACCGUCAGCCACCACAACCUCCGCCGUCACCGCCGUCAUCACCGCCCAUCAACCACCGUACAACCACCGCAAUCCUCAAACAAACCACCACAACAUUCCUCUCAAAUCCCCUCCUCUUCCUCCUCCUUUCUUCUCUCAUUCUCACUUUCCAUUCCAAUCUCCAUAACGCCACCAAUUACCUCUCUUCAGUAGUCGAUCAAGACCCUUCUAUCAAAUCUCUUUUAUCUCAUAUUGACCUGAAUAACAAUCAUAAUCAUCGGAGUGAUAACAAUCAUCGUGGUCCCAUUAUCCCUCAUCGUACUCGUCGUACUCGUAGACGGCCUUUUCUUCAUUUGUCCCGUGUUGGUACGGUUGAUGAUGAUUUCUUCUCCGGUGAUUCGGAAUUUGAGAAAUCUUUAUUGCACCCUUCUUCGUAUAAGAAGAAGCCCAAUUCGACUUUUGUGGGUCUUCAGGACUUUGAUGAUGUUGCUGUGGUAAGGGGAAUUCGUAAUGGGUUUGUUGUUGCGUAUAAGCCUUCCGUAGAGAUAGAUAAGAUUUCGAAUUUGAAUGAGAGUGGUAAUAGUGAGGAUGGAGAGAAUGGGGUUGUUGAUUUGGGGUUUUUGAUGAAGGGUUUUGAGCUGGGACGUGGCGAUGCGACCGCGUUGUUGUUUCUUGUUAGUUUGUUAUCUGCCGCUUAUGCUUACGUUGUGUUGGCUUUUUUGGUUACGUAUACUUGGGUACAUGGGAUUGUUUUCUUGCAAGUUUUGGAUAAUGUGUUAGGGAAUUAUCGGACGAUUUUUCGGACAGCUUGGGAGGGUUCGAAUUUGGGGUUGAGAAGGCUUUCGGGGUUUGUUUUGAUGAGGUGGGCAGUUAGGGAUGCGUUAGCUCAAUUGUUGGGUAUUUGGGUUUUUGGAGAAAUUGAGGAUCAAUUUGCGUUUUUUAAGGUUUUUGUUAGGAUGAAAUUGAUGCCAUUUUCGGAUGUGGCACCGUGGGUUAAAGGGUAUGAGAAGGAAAGCUUGUGUUUUAUUGUAUCGUGGUUCUUGGUGGAGUUGGUUGUUGGGUUUAUUUUUGCUGUUGAUUCUUGGGUUUCGAUUGUGGAUUCGAGGAAAAGUGGUAGGGAGGUUGUUAAAGAAGGGUGUCAUUUGUUGGGUAUUAUGGUGUAUCCUGCUAUAGGGAUCAAAUGUUGGGAAGUCUUGGUUUGUGGGUGGUUUACGAGAUGGAUAUUAGGAGGAUUAUUUGGCCAAUUGUUUGUACUGGCAUUUCAGUCUGUUAUGGAAGUUUAUUUCAUGGUAGCUUGGUUGACGUUUUACUUAGCUGCAAGGUACAAUGAUGCUUCCUCGGUUGGGAGGACGUUUGGACGAAGAGAAUUGGAAGGCUUUCUUGAGGGCGUUAGAUGAUACUGGAUAGGGAUUUGCUAAAGAUUCAUUCCCUUGCCUUAGCGUUACGUUGAAAGAAGCUUUAACUGGAUGAACUAUCGUGCCGGUGGGGUAAUCUUUUUUGUGCUUUUGAUGUUCAAUGCUUCGAAAUUUUUAGUCAGCACAACACUGUCUAAGAAGUCCUUGGCUAUGCUUUGUAUGUACUUUGUUCUGAGGCAAUAUAUGACUUGUAUAUUUCAUGGGAAUUCUUGUUGGCAAUAAUUCCACGUCUAUUUCAGAGUAUAUGCUUUACCAUACAAGUCUUUCAUGGUGAUGCAACCUGAAAACUAGUUGUAAUUUUUGUAUUUUUCCUUUUACCAUUAAGGGUAAGAGAUUAAGUGAGCCCACCUCUUUUUUCUUUUGAUCACGUCUCUGUUGUAGAUUCCAUUGUUUCUAAGUGAGUUGAUUUGUAUAAUGAUACAUGUUUGUCGUUCAACUAAA